CGCCAGCCGUCGGACCUGAAUCCACCACGCUGAUCUGCCCCUCGUGUCGGGCCCAGGUGAGGACACGCGUAGAGCACAACUCCACCACCAAGACGCACAUCAUUGCACUGCUGCUGUUUGUGUUCUGCUGUUGGCCGUGCAUCUGUGUGCCGUACUGUUGCAAUUCGUGCAAGAAUGCAGAUCACUACUGCCCCAACUGCAACGCCUUCAUCGGAAGCCAUCAGCACUGAUCAAAUAAAAAAAAAGAUUAACUAUACAGUAUGAAACGAUAAUUUUAUAAUUUCCAUGUUACCAAAUCGCACAACCCCGCGUGGCUUUGUACCUACAUCUUCGAAAAAAAAACAAAAUAAAAUAAAUCAUUGUUAAGCAAUCGA